CUGUGGCAGGGGGCUUGGAGAUUCAUGAUCUUUGAGGUCCCUUCCAACCUUGGCCAUUCUGUGAGAACAGCCCGAGUGUUGCGGUGCUGCUUCCUGUGGCCAACACCUGCCUGCUGCUCUGCUCAUCCUCCUGCGGCUGCUCCUCAUGCACAGGCCUGUGUUGGAAACGUUCCUCCUGACAGAGGAGAGCUGUGAGACCCUCCAGCUGUGCACAGAGGUGCUUUUCCAGAGGUGCAGCAGUAGUGCUCCUGUAGUGCUGGGGUAGCUGUCUGCAGCUGUGCUGUGGGCCGUAGUGAGGAACUGAUAAGGUUGGGAAAUAACCCUCCCACUUGCUUCAGUGUUGUGUGAUGUAAUGCAGCUAGCUAUGCAAAUGUGGGAAAGGCUGUUCAGUGCAAGGAGCUGCUAGGUGUCAGACCAGUUGUGCUGUUCUACCUUGGGUAGUGGUUUUUUAAAAAUCAGAUAAAGUCCGUGGUAGUGGAAGGUGGUCUCUAAGUUGAACGAUGUUACUGCAACCUGUUGAUUUGCUUUUGAAUAAAAAUAAGAAGUGAAAGAGGUGCAAAAUGGCUGGAAAUUGGUGACUUAAACCACUGUCAGUUAUAGCGAAUACUUGAUAUUACUGUGCAGGCAUCAGGUGCAGAAAUUUCUGGUUGGAUUUAAAAGGUUAUAUGCUUGUCUGCUCUUAACAUCAGUGGGAAUGAAGCAAAUGGGAGUUAAUUGCUUAACCUGCUUAAAGACCUUUUGCAAAAUCCUUGAGGUAUUAUAUGUGUCCUUAGCUGCUUACAGCUGGGGGAGAGAUUGCUCCCUCUUCCUUGAACAUGAUAGGUUGGAAUGAGAUCUGUUUUGUGUUUUGCAAGUUUGAAGGAGGAAAAUGAACUUCUGCAUUUCAGAGCUCUGCUCGUUUUCUCAACCAUAAAUGAAUCGUGCAGAAAACAGUCUUCUAUGUGUUAGUUAACUACACUUGAAACUCAAACCAAUUAAGGGCAAAAAGCUUUUCACAUGUUUGUGUUCUUAAACACUUAUUUAAUUUAGUACUGCAAAUAGAGGCAAAUCCAGAAAUUUGGGCCAGUAUACUCACAUUGUUAAUCUGGUUCGAUUUGGCAUGUGGUUGAGUUACUGUGUAGCACUUAUGUGGGCUGGGAGAGAUGGCCUGAGAUGGUUGGGAAUGUUGUCAGCAGCACAGUGUCCCAUCAGCUGGCUUCUGGCUGCAGAGACAACAAAUCCUGGAAGCUGAAUUGAAAUGGGUGUCUCUUUUAACCCUGCUGUGGGAUGGUCUGGAGGUAAUUACCUGGUCAGGCAUACCAACUUACAGCACCUUGCUUUUAAAAUGUGGUUCUUUGUAGCGUGGCUUACGUGUGUCAGGCAAGGAGAUACAGUGAGAGUAAUGUUUUAGCAUAGUGCUUAAUGGUUUUGUUAGUUGACUGAAUGAUCAGCAUUGUGUGUGCAGAUAUAAAGGAAAUAACAGGAGUACGUCACUGGAAUGCAGCUAUGGCAGCAAUAGCUACUGGUUUUAAGAUAAUGCUGGCUGAGAUGCUAAGGAGAUGAUCUGGCUUGUUUCUGGAUUCUACAGUUAUUUGCAUAUUCACUAGAUAGGCUGCAUCUCUUUAAUUUUUACUGAUCCAGCAUAAACGUAUGAAGCAGGACCGUGCCUGUCCGACAGACUAAGUACCACUGAAUGCAGCAGGCAGGCUUGCAGUGCUUCCCCUUUGCCGUGACAGCUAGCACUGACCCACGUGCUCGGUGUUGGGGAGGCAAGUGCUGGGUGCUUAUCUGCUUCCUUUGCCUUCCAGCGCCUAUGGGAGGGCAGUGCUCCAGCUGAGCUUACCUCUUGCAGCCCAUUGGCACAAGUAGAGGGAAGGGGCAGAACUCACCGACUGCAGCAGGGAAGUAUCAGAGGUUGGAACCCAAAGGCAAACAGCUUCUGGUGGCCUCGUGCUGCCUGUAGGGCAACGAGCAGGAGCAGCGGAGUGCUGAUACGUGGAAGCAGAAACAGGAUCUGCUCUGGUCUCAGCUUGCCUCUUCUGUGCUGGUGCGGCACAGCGGUGAGUGAACCUGCUGACGGAGCCAGCUGGGAGCUAAUUGCCCUGUUAUUGUUAGGUUCUUUAUUCAGCCUCUUCAGUUCCCUGAACUGACGCAGCCCAGUCGCUUGGGUGAAGGGUGAGAAGGGACUGUGCAGUCUGUAUGGGAAGAAAUAAAUAACAGGAGUACGUCAGCUGUGACUGACACUGCUUUAAACUGCUGUGGAACUGUACCCCAUGGAGCUGAAGUGAUGAAUGGCAGUUUUCUUUGAAGAAUUACUUCUCUUUUUUCCGUCUGGUUAAACCUCCUCUCUGAAUUCUUUAUGAUUUACCGCUCAUCCAAGAUGGAGCCUUCUCAAGCUUUUUAAAGGUGGUGAAUCAGGAGCUGCCAGCUCUGGGUUAUUCCUGACAAACGUCACAAUUCAUAACUCUAAAGCCUGAACAACACGUGGCCUUUGUGUACUGGGCUGGGAAAAACACAUCGCUCUCCCUGCUGUAAGCCCUCAAACACUGAGGGAUUCAACUUGGGUGUUUUUAUAGCAAGUUAAGGCUGCUUCGUGGUCACUGUCAGCAUGUGUGGAGAAGAUCUUUCACUCGUUCUGUAGAGAGAAUUGUAAGGCUUAUUCUGUAAGCCAGCUGAGGUUCACAAAGCCAGCUGUGAUGUACUAUAUGAGAUUUUAUUUAGAGAAAAUGCUGCAUUUAAUAUUCUCUAAAUAUACUUUGAAGGUGCAUUCUCUCAUAUAUCUCAGAUUUGUAGGUUGUGUAAUGACCUUUAUAUGCUUGUCAUAAAGUUAUUUAUGGAGUAGAAAUACAACAGCAAUAUUAAUUUCCAACUUGCAUGUUGUUUUGGGCUGUUCCUUUAUUGCUGCAUUUCAUCUACUACGGGAAACAUAAUACGAAACAGACUUCUAAGAAUGUCACCUUCAUAAAGCAGGAGCUGUAAGAGCAGAUGAGGAGGUGUGUGCAAGCGCAGACAAUUGCUUUAGUGCCUGAUAAAGUCAACCAGGGGUUAGAAAGAUAUUCCUUCAUUUCUGUGGUGGUUCAUCCUUGGAUGAUAGCAAAGGCUUGGAUUGUUGCAGAAAGUUUGCAGGCUUGGGUUGGGUAACUGAAAGAACAGGCCUUGUGUGUACCACAGUACAGAUCCUUAAAGGUUUUUUUCUGAGUUUGUUAAAUUACCAUUGGACUGCAUGGUACGUGAGCAUUAGAUUAGCUUGUCUGGAGUGUAUGAACUACAAGAGGUGGGAGGGAAGAGUUCCUGUGACAUACUGGGGUAGUUGCCACAUGGAGUGAGAUCUUUGUGUGGGGAAGUUGUGACAGUUUAUCUUUCCUUCCUGUUUUUUUUUUUUUUUAACACUUCAGUUGGAAACAAGGGAUUUUCACCCAUCUGUUUGCAGGCAUACGUUUGUUCACCUUAUUUUUAGAAGAUGGGUUCGAAGCUUUUUAUCCCUGUGGUUGCAAAUGUAAGCUGCUGAAUGAAUGGAGAAUGAAUGGAGCGGUUAUUUCCUGAAGUCUGUAAGUAGCUCCAGUGUUGCUGCUGCAGGAGAAGGCUUUGUUGCAGUUUGGGAGGGGGGGUGUUUUAGAGCUGCUUGAUGCCAAGAGGCUUUACUUUUGAAGCAAGAACACAAGAGCCUGUAUGAAAGCUCUUCUGUAGAAAGAAGGCUUUGGGUGGGCUAUUGGGAAAGGAGGGGCGGUGAAGAGCUUUGUCACUUGGGGUAGCUCCAAAACUUGAGGUUUGUGGGUGGAGGUGUUUUCUGUUAUGUAAGAGGAAGGAACUAAAAGCUUCAAUUCUUUUGUCCUAGUUUCAGACUUGAAAAACUAGCAUGCCACCUGUAAGGUAAGCCUGUUGUGGAGUUGGAGACUGCCCAAGUUUAUUGCUGUAGCUACUGUGAAGUUAUGUUUGUGAGCUGGCUGAGUGCGUGGGUCAGGGUUGGAGGGAGUAGCAAAUAGUAAUUGGCCAGGAGGCAGCACAGCUGUGGCACAGAAAUGCUUGCUUCAUUAGAAGACAGGCAGCCACCUAACAAUCCUACUCUAAUGCUGUCAGUUUCAGGUGAAUUUUCAUGUUCAGGAAGACUUUCCUGUUUUCAGUACUGCCCCAGAAGAGAGAGAGGGAGAGCUGGUUUGGAAGAGGAGUUGCUUUACUGCCUUUACCCAUGCCAUAACAUAUUAAAUGUAGUACAAAGCUGAUGAACCAUCUGUGAUGCUGUGCAUGGUAUGUUCUACUUCCUUAAGUCAUAGGGCAUGGUCUGGGAGUAACUGGUUUAGUGAGUAAUACUGGGCUUCGGGUCCUCUUAAUCAGCCCAAAUGAGCACUAAUUAGUGAUAACCUGUGGAUGCUAGAAAUUGAAUUGAGGUGAUGUAAUGUUCUGUGGGUCACAAGACAGCAGUGGCCUUCCAUGAAAUCAUUAAUGACGGAAACUGAAGACUUUAGUCUGCUCAGCAUUGGCCUACCUGCCAUAAAUGAGAAAGCUUCUUUAGCUGAUGGAAGUAUACAGAGAUGUCUGUGGGGAGUUGUUAUUUCUCAAAUUCUGCUUAUUUUUGAAUUAAUUCUCUUCUGUUAUUAUGUUUAGCAAGGCUGACUGUGUUAUCUCUUAUACUGAGUACUGUUGAUUUAUGGCUUUAACAAGAGUCUUCAUAAACUCCUAUGAGCUUAAAGUAAUAAAUGCUUUCGUGGUUGUCAUAUCAAAAAUGAUUUAAUAGAAAUGGCUGAAGAGGAAUGACAGAGACAUUUGGAGAUGCAAAAGGCUUCCAGAAAUAACAAGGCUGCAACUAUUCACCUCGCAAAGAAGGGAGAGAGGCCGUGUAAAGGUUUGCUGUAUUAGGUAGUAUGGCAAACACAGGGAAAACUUCGUUUAUUGUGCUUUCAAAGAGCUUCCCUUCUGCCUGAUAAUAGGAAAGCAAGUCAUCUGGAGUGCUUUCUGUAAGAAGAAUUGAGAAACACAUUGCUUGUGAAGUUCAUACAGUUGAAAAUGUAAAUGGGUUCAAAGAGGAAGCAGACAAAGCGAAGUGAGCUUCAGGAACAGUAAUUAAAUACGGUUCUGAGGUAGUUCUGGCCCCAAAAGCACUCACGUACCUUACUGCAGCAAACCAGGCUGCUGUUACAAACAGAACCAGAAGCCGUGUGUAUAACUGCUAUAAGGAAUACCAGGCUACAAAAUGAAGUUAUGUAUUGAGAUCAGCCUGCUGUAGCCCUGCUGCAGCUCUUCUCUACAAAGGGCUUGCAAAAACGUGGAAGGCUUUUAGAAAACUGAAUUACAGCUUUGUUUUGACUGCACCUUUUGAGCUUACAUGUUGAAACUUGAGAUCAGAGGAUAUCAUUUUGCCCGUCCUUCAAUUUCCUGUUAGAAGAAUAUUGUGAACUCCAUUGCAAGGGUGGAGCUUGGGAUGGGAGCUCGUCUGUGUGCAGAGACUGGUGCAGUUGCAGAGAGCUGCAGGAGAAACUUGAGCAUCACAACUGGGUGUCACAAUAUGAGAAAUGAGUGUUGGACGCAGAAGAUUAAAGCUGCUGGGAAUUCUGAUGAUGGUAAACUUCUUUAUCUAUGUGAUUGUGGAAGUCUCAAAAAGUGGCAGCCAAGAGAAGAAUGCAGAAGGCCGUGUUAUUAUACCACAGGACAAUUUCUGGAGAAAAUUUACACCUCACAAAGCCUAUUGGAACAGGCAGCAACAGAAGCUUGAACUGCUGUACAACCCAAUUCUGAGUCUGCUUUCCAAUAUGACUGUGGAAGAGAACUUAAUUUUGAACUCAAGUGUUCUCAAUUCCUGCGACCCCGACCCGUGGGUCACUUCAGAGAUCAGCGACUUUGCAAGUUUGCCAGAAAGGUUCAAAGACUUUCUCCUCUAUUUGAGGUGUAGAAAUUACUCAUUAAUAAUGGAUCAGCCAAACAAGUGCAAACAUAAACCUUUUCUGCUGCUGGCUAUUAAGUCACUUAUACCACAUUUUGAUAGAAGGCAAGCAAUUAGGGAAUCCUGGGGCAAGGAAAUAAAAUCGGGAGAUGUAACAGUCAAAAGAGUCUUCUUACUUGGUCAGACCCCACCGGAGGAUCAUUUUCCCAACCUUACGGACAUGGUAAAAUUUGAGAGCGAAACUCACAAAGACAUUCUCCUCUGGAACUACAGAGACACUUUCUUCAAUUUAACUCUGAAAGAAGUACUGUUUCUGAAGUGGGUGAGCAGCAGCUGUGCGGACGUCCAGUUUAUUUUUAAGGGUGAUGACGAUGUAUUUGUGAAUACCCAUCAGAUCCUGGAUUACUUGAAGAGUUUAUCAAAGGACAAAGCCAAAGACUUAUUUGUAGGUGAUGUGAUCAAAGAUGCUGGACCUCAUAGAGAAAAAAAAUUGAAGUACUAUAUCCCAGAAAGUGUUUAUGAAGGUUCGUAUCCUCCGUAUGCAGGAGGUGGUGGGUUUCUGUACUCUGGUGACCUGGCAUUAAGACUGAAUAAUGCAUCUGACCAGGUACUCCUGUAUCCUAUUGAUGAUGUUUAUACUGGAAUGUGCCUUCAGAAACUUGGGCUUGCUCCGGAAAAACACAAAGGUUUCAAAACAUUUGAUAUUGAAGAGAAAUACAGAAAUAACAUAUGUUCCUACACAAAUUUAAUGUUAGUGCAUAGUAGAAAUCCUCAAGAAAUGAUUAAGAUUUGGACAAGCUUGCAAGAUCCACACUUAAAUUGCUAGAGCAAUGUGCGUAAAUACUUUAUGUCCAAAUAGCUUUCCAAGUUUGAAUCUGACUCCCUUGGUGAGCCAUUGGAGCUCUGUUUAAUUGUUCUUUUCAAAUUUUCUCAAGAAACUUUCUUCACGUACUUCUGAAAAGUGGCAGUAGUCAUACUGAGAGGAUGGCACAAAGACUUGGUCCUGUUUUUCCACUGUCCUGGUGGUCAUUAUGUUUCAAUAGCAGUCUAAACAUUAAAGAGGACUGGAAGUAACUAGCUGUCAGCUAUUGAUGCCUACUGCAGAGCAUCUUUCAUUAAUCCUGAUGGUGGCAGAUGCGUUCUCUUUCCUUGAGUAGUGUUUGUGUGUGGAAACCACUGUAAAUUUGAAACUCACAAAUUGGAGGAAUGCUCUUUUACUCUAUAAAACAUUUUUAUGAAACUUCAAUUAUUGAUAUAUUUUAAUUUAUAGUUUCCAGUCUUUAUGCACCUUGGACAAGUAUUUUCUCCUUUACAUGUUGUCUUUUGUGCGAAGUGUGCCUGUGUCUGAAGGAUUUACCCUUUUAUUAGAUGUGUUUGUUUGUUUUUUUUAACAAAAACAUAAUACAGUUUCAAACACCCCGUGAAAGAUCUGAAUGUGUAAGGGAAAGGAGGAACGAGUUCUGUUUGUGGCUGGUACAGUUCUGCUGCUGCCCACCCUGAGCUUACAUACACGGUAAUGCUGACAUUGUUACUCACGGUAUCUCUGUGAAAGCUACUCUGGUCCAUCCUUGUUCUCUGCUUUGGCACUAAAAGUGAUCAGGUAGCUGAUUAACAAUAACCAAAAUUGCACAUUGCUUCUAAGAGCAUGGUUUGGAUCUCCUGUGAAGCGGUAGCAAGUGUAGGAUUGUGCAGUUCCUAACAGGUUUAAAUUUUGAAAUAAAAUUUGAAGUUGCAUGAUGUCUCAUGUAGAGUUAAACAUGUUCUCAAAUCUCAGAUUUUCUUCUGUAUUUCCACAUCUUGCUUAUGAGAGCUAUUCUAAGUAGUAUUGCUUCCUUUGUAUAUGUAGAAGUGCCUGUCUAUUUAUUGUUCAGAUGGAAGACCAAAACAUUUUCUUAAAUAUAUUUUGUGUAACAUUUUAUUUGUAUAGUGUUGUCACUCAGAUAUUUAAAUAGAGCAUGAUAUUUUAAACCUGUGAGAUGUGUAAUGUUAAAUAAAGCUAAUUGUUAUUUUUGAAUUUGAAAAAUAAAAUGUGAUUUAAAU